UGGGCCACUCAGCCAUCAGCUGGAACUAGGGGACCCUGGCACCUCCCCUCGGGUCUGUCUUCCUUCCCCACCCAGGAAACUAAGCCAUCAUUCCAGUUGGACUUGUCUAACCCGGGAGGGACAUGCAGGCCCUGGGUCUCUCGGUACUGUCCUCGCAGGUGCGGCUAGCAACAUGGGCACCUCAAAGGCUCUGCUUCUCUUCCUACUUCUGGCCUUUGCAGCAGCCCUCCUUGCCCUCCCAGCCACUUCUGGACCGCAGCAACCCUCUGCCUCCUCUUCAGAUUCUGUGGGAUCCCCCCAGGGCCUGGGUUCGAAAGUCCCUACCAUCCUGCCAUCCAGCCGCAACUUUUCAGAUCAACUUUGGGGUUCAAAACCCUCUUCUGGAACCUCUGAUUCCAGAUGGUUUCCCAAAGUGCUGAAUUCAAGUGGUGUGUCUGGGUCGUUGUGGUCCAAUGCGUCGGCUGGAGGACAGCAUCCAAGCCCAGAUCCCACCUUCGCUGAAAUUUUUGCUUCUAAAGGGUUUCCCAAUGGCUUGGAUUCUCAGAUUCCAGCCAAAGACCCCACACCUUCCCUCUCUGCCAAGAUCCCAGCUUCACACUUUACCGCUCAAGUCCCGGAUACCAAAGUACCUGUCAGGGCCCCCGGUUCAGAGCUGCCCCCAGAUAAUUACCAUCUUGAACUUCCUGAGGCUUUGGAGACUCACCCAGCCACAAACUUCGCGCAGCAGGUGGGAGGGCCCCUGGCUGUGCUGGUGGGGACCACCAUCCGUCUCCCUCUGACUCCUGUCCCCAGUCCUGGGCCUCCUGCCCCUUUGGUAGUCUGGCGCCGGGGCUCCAAGGUGCUGGCGGCUGGAGGCCUGGGGCCAGGGGCUCCUCUUUUAAGCCUGGACCCAGUGCACCGAGACCGCCUUCGAUUUGACCAAGCCCGAGGGGGUCUAGAACUCACGUCUGCCCAGCUGGGUGAUGCUGGUGUCUACACAGCUGAGGUCAUCCGGGGAGGGGUCUCCCGGCACAUUCGGGAGUUCACGGUGGGUGUGUACGAGCCCCUACCCCGGCUGUCGGUUCAUCCCAAGGCCCCGGAGACCGAGGAGGGGGCUGCCGAACUGAGGCUGCGCUGCUUGGGGUGGAGUCCGGGUCGCGGGGAGCUGAGCUGGAGCAAGGAUGGGCGUGCCUUGGAGGUUGCGGACCCCGAUGGAACAGCGUCCUCUCGCAUCCGCGUGGAGCGGGACCAGCUGGUCAUCUCUCGUCCUGUGCGCGGUGACCACGCCCGGUACACCUGCCGGGUCCGCAGCCCCUUCGGCCACACGGAGGCUGAGGCCGACGUGAGCGUCUUCUACGGCCCCGACCAGCCGAUUAUCCGCGCUUCCUCUGACCGCGACGCUGACCCUGCGCUGUUUGUCACCUCGGGAAGCAAUGUGACUUUACAUUGCACCGCCUCCUCGCGGCCACCCGCCGACAUCGCCUGGAGCCUGGCGGACCCGGCCGAGGCCGCGGUGCCCGCGGGGCCGCGACUACUGCUGCCCGCGGUCGGGCCCGGCCACGCCGGCGCCUACGCCUGCAUCGCGGCGAACCCGCGCACUGGCCGCCGGCGCCGCGCGCUGCUCAACCUCACCGUGGCGGAUCUGCCUCCCGGGUCCCCACAAUGCUCCGUGGAAGGGGGUCCCAUGGACCGCAGCCUCCGCUUUCGCUGCUCGUGGCCCGGCGGGGUCCCUGCGGCCUCCCUGCAGUUCCAAGGUCUCUCGGAAGGCGUCCGCGCAGGGCCCACGCCCUCGGCGCUCACCGUGGCGGUCCCCGCCCGCCCUGAGCUCAGCGGCGUGGCCAUCACCUGUCUGGCCCGCCACCUGGUGGCCACGCGCACCUGCACUGUCACCCCGGAAGCCCCCCGGGAAGUGCUGCUACAUCCACUUGUGGAGGACACAGAGGCAGGGGAGGCAGAGGUGGCCUUGGAGGCCACUGGCUGUCCCCCACCCUCACGAGCAUCCUGGACCCGGGAAGGACGACCCCUGGCCCCAGGAGGUGGGGGUCGACUGAGGCUCAGCCCGGAUGGCCAGAAGCUCCUUAUCAGUAACUUCAGCCUGGAUUGGGACCUGGGCAACUACUCCGUUCUGUGCAGUGGGGCGCUGGGCGCCGGGGGUAACCAGAUCACCCUUACUGGACCCUCAAUCGCCUCGUGGAAGCUGCAGAGAACCCGCCACGCGGCAGUGCUCACCUGGGACGUGGAGCGCGGUGCCCUCAUCUCUGGCUUUCACAUCCAGGCCCGAAUGGACAGCCCUGACCUGGGCCGAGUCACCACCAGAGGGGACUGGGUCUCCCUGCAAAUCCUGGGUCCACAGGAACGGUCAGCGGUGGUGCCCCUCCCUCCUCAGAACCUUGGGACCUGGGCUUUCCGCAUUCUGCCUAUCUUGGGCUCCGUGCCAGGGAGCCCAUCCCAAAGCCGGGUCUACCAGGCGGGCUCCACCCUGGGCCCCGGGGCCAUAGCAGGUAUCGUCCUGGGCUCGCUUUUGGGCUUGGCGUUGCUGGCAGCCCUUCUGGUUCUGUGCAUCUGCUGCCUGCGCCGCUUCCCAGGAAAACCUUUUCUUGAAAAGAAGGACCCUCUCACCUUCGCCCCUGUGGUCACUCCUCCAGGAAAGAUGAUGCAGGGUGUGACUCCAGUAAAGACCUUACCGCCAUGGCCCCUCAAAACCCAGCUGCAGGACCCUCGCCCAGCCAGGGCCCAGCAAGUCACCAGCCCCUGUCCAGGUGGAGGUCUGUAUACUGUUGGAACUGUCCGGGCAGCGACCCGGGUGUGAAGUGAGCCAGUGGCCCCUCUGCAUGAGUGUGACUUUCUGCUGUGCCUCAGCAGUACAUAGAGCCUGCUGUGACUGAGGGCUGAAACCCCAGAGUGGGACUUUCUGUCUCUCUCUCUUGUCUCAGAAGACUCAACCUAUAUUUGUGUGCCUAAGAAGAUGUGACUGUGGUGGGAAAGAGUUGCGUAUAGAUCUGGGAAUGAGGCUGUGGGCCUGGGCUCAGCCUUCAAAAAGGUCUCAUUCUGCCUUCUCCAGGCCACACCCUCUCCAGCUCCCAGAAAUCCCACCAUCAGACACUUCAGAUCAUGCAAGUUCCUCACCCCUCCCUCCUCCUUCUUCUCUUUUUCUCUCCUUUUCUUUCUUUUAUUGGUUUCUUUUAUUGAUACAGGCUCACAUGUAGCCAAGCCUAGCCUCAAACUCACUAUGUAGCUGAG